GACCUUUAAAACACAAACUGUUGAGUUAUACCAUAUAGUUGUGCCCUUUCUGUCUAUUUCUGAAAUCGUGAAAUACGAGUUAUUUAAUUAUUUUAUUUAUUUGAAAUAUUCUUGAUAUACCAAAGAUCGUUGAAAUAAAUAUGCAGCCUUUUACAAACAACCCACCAGCGGUAAAUUUUAAUCUACAAAUGUUAAUCAUUUGUCGAUUGUAAUAGAUGCAUUUUUUUUGCGUAGACAAAUAAAAGUCAUCAGUUAUGUUUUAUUUCGCAUGUGGCUUGGGUUAUUACGCCGUACCCGCGUUCUCUCUUUCUUCGUUGCUUUCUUAAACUGAGAAAAAUUCGACGCUUCUUCAUUACUACACUUUAAGGUUUUGACUGACAAUUCUCCGGGCAAAAGCCAUCGAAUAGGGUUUAAAGCGGAAGCGAAAGCUAUUUUUACCUUUGGAGAUGUGGAAAGUAUCAGCAUUAUCAUGAUUCGAGGAUGUGUGGAAAGGUGGCUUUUGUUCUAAACAAAAGAUUAUUUAGUAGUGUGGCCAUACUGUGUCGAAGAGACAGAUCUAUUUAAUUCAAUGCUUUAUUUUCAGAGGAAUUUUGCCCAUACUCUUACGAUUCACAGGCACAGAAACUGACAAACAAACAUUGUUCUUAAGUUGACUGCGCCGUUAGAAUUCACUUUGAAUAACAUACAGUCAUGCAGCAGUCAGCUUGUACUGGCGCUUCGAAUUGAGAUUUGAAAAGCUUGAAAACGUUGUAUAGAGGAAAUGUCAAACACUUUUGUGGAAAUUGUGGCGCUCGGUAAACCCUGAAGAAUAUAUGUUGGAAAUUCAUUCUGUAACCGAGGAAGAAGAAGUGGACUGCGCGGAAAGUGAGAGCUUUAGUGAAUCGGAUGUAAACAGUGACCCUCUUAAAACAAAAAGGAAAGUUCAAUUUUCGUGGCCAUUGGAAUACUGGAGGGAAUUUGACAAGGAGACGGGAGAGGUUUAUGAGCUAAAAGAUGAAACGACACAAGAAGUGGCUGAUUCAUUGCCAAAACCGUCCGAAAAUAUUAAAACAAAAAACAUUGAUGUUCCAGACUUGAAGAGCGACCAAAGACUUGAUUGGAAAAACAGUGCUAAGGCUCAAAGCAUCACUGACGUAUUCCAAGUUUUUCAGAAACGAGAUUAUAAGAAAGCGAAUACAUUUAAACAGAUCAAAGAUAAACGGGAUAAUCCAGAAUGCAAAAAGUCUUUCAUUAAACGAAAUUUGACCACAUAUCCAUCAACUUCUUUACACACGAAGCAGCUGAAACCGGGUAGUUUGCUUUGCAAAGUGUCAACCUGUUCUAAGUUAGCACACAAAGGUGAAUUCACGUUUAACGCCCGCAGUAAGGAGCCUUCACUCAUACAAAGUCACUGCACAUACUCAUUUUCGAGUUCCCUGGGCAUGUUGACAGGGGUUACAGUACCUUCUAAGCCUUUGGUUUGCACGGGUCGUAAAUUAUACGAUGAACGGCUUCUACCAGCAGUAGAACGGGAGAGAAAAUCUAUGUACACUUCGAAAAAUAACAAUGGGCUGCCACCACUGACCUGCGGAAAGCCAACAACGCCAGAUAUUGUGCAACUUUUUGACUAGUUUUACAGAAAUUAUUUAAUUUUCACCAUUAUUAAAUUUUAAACACGUUUUGAAUACGAUGUUAGAAGCUGAUUCGUUUUAAGAAAAACCUCAUCGGUAUUUAUUUUGUAUCAUUUAAUGUUCGAGCCGAUAUCAUCACCUUCGAGUGCAUUUAAUUUCAAUUAACAAUAUUUCUAAAAGUACAUUGCGUGAGAGAAAUGGUAGCUGCAUAAUCGGAGGUAUCAGAUUAAAGUUAUCAAGAUAGGACAAGAUGGUGAAUUCCAUGGCACCUGCGCACAAACAAAGCCUUGAAUCCGUUCUCGUGUACUCGAAGUGGGGGAAACGAGGGAACCUAACGUAUU